AUGACCAAGCUCGGCCUCGAGGCCAAGGACCUGGAGCCGACCCGAACAAUCUUCCACAGCAUCGUUCCCGGCCUCUCCUGCUCUUCGAUCGGCUGGAUCUGGCUCGACGUCCUGUUCGGCAACAACAACCACUUCCGACACGAGCCGAUCUUGUUCGAGUUGGUGGACCUGUCCAGCGCGUACCAUGCGCUGCUGGGCCAGCCCGCGCUCGCCAAGUUCAUGGCGGUCCCCCAGUACGCUUACCUAAAGAUGAAGCUGCCGGACGGCGCCAAGCUGGCCGAGUCGCUGGUCAUAGCCAAGGAACGGCGCCAACUCGACUGGAUCGUCGCCCUGGCCAACGAGACAUCAACCGUGCCGAUCCCGGCCGAGGAGCCGGCUGACGAGGCCUCCUUCAAGCCCUCCAAGGAGACCAAUAAAGUGAAGCUGAACCCGAAAGACCCCAGAUGCAGCAAGUACAUUGUCGUAGGCGCCCGCCUCGACAACAAAUAG